AUGCUCCUUCCUCUUCUUCCCUUCCUUUUUCUCGCCGAAUCGACCGCCCAUCUCUGCUAUUCGUGUUACGGCGAGACGGUGAACUCGACGUGCUUCCAGAAUGCUCGCGGAGCCGCGUGGGUCGAAUGCGAGAAGGGAGAGUGCCAGGUUGGUAAAUAGCAAAAGCAGAAGCGAGUGGAAAUCUUUUGAUGAAGUGAAUGAAGGAAAAACACGCGCAUUCCAUUAGGAGGAAAUGGAUUUUAGUGGAAAACAAACAUUUCUAAAUAGCGCUUAUGGCAAAAACGCUCGGAACAUGAGCAAAGUUGGUAAGAAUCAGGGGAAAAACUUGAAAGAUUAUUUCCGGCGCUUUUGAAACCGAAAAUUUCGUGACCGAAUUGAAAAUAGCGAAACAUUUCCACUUGGAAUGCAAAAAUAACACAACCGAAAAACGCAUGUUUGGAAAGGAGAAAAAGAAGAUGGAUGUGGUCGCGAAGAGUGCUCGAACCAUCGUCUUUUUCUCCUCUUUUUCCGCCCAGCCAUUGAAUUGUGCUCUCACCAGUUUUUGAAGUUGAUCGACAUCUUUUAGUUCCAUUUAAAACAUUAAUUGAAUGUUUCAGUGAAGCUAAAAUUGUUUCUACUAGUGCAUUCCAAAGAAACAUCAGUGCACAGUUUCACAUUUUCCAGAAGAGGUUGAAGUUAUUUGUCCGUUCAAUCACUGCUCUCUUAGAUGUCGUGUUUGUUUCAGAGCGCUAUCAAAAGUGUCUUACAGGUGUGGUCCCUGUACUCGUCCGACUCUCCCGCCAACGUCUACAUGUUCGAGCGCUCGUGCAGCGGCGUCUGCCAGCCGGGAUGCGUCCAGAUCAGCGAUAUGGGGCAUCGGUUCACGAGCUGCUCGACGUGCUGCUCCGCCAACUUUUGCAAUGUCGGCUCUUCCGGCUCUUUUCCCUCUUUCGACGCUUUCUCAUUACCGCUCAUUGUUUCACUUUUGCACGUUUUGCCGUCAAUAAAAGUGGCGUCGUAG